UCCAUCGCGUCUUGUAUUUAGUCUUUAGUUUCGUCAGCUUUAAGCCUUACCUCAACUGCCUUCUAGGAUAAAUGGUUCUUUUCACACACCUGGGAGCUCAUCAUCCUCAGCACUUAGGGGCCCGUUUUUCCCAGUAAAGCAUACAGGGUGUAUCUCUUCUUCAUCCUUCCCCAGGUGAUCAGGCUUGCUAGGUGCCUGGAUCCAAAGUUUCCGAUUAGGUCAUAUCAGCGCCCCGUGUUAUCCUGGGAAAAGGAUGGGCCAACAACAUAAUGACGAUGUGAUUCGGAGGAAAUUGGUGAUUAUAGGAGAUGGUGCUUGUGGGAAAUCAAGUCUUCUGAGUGUCUUCACCCUGGGCUACUUCCCAACUCAUUAUGUCCCAACAAUCUUCGAAAAUUAUGUAACGGAUUGUAUAGUUGAUGGCCAUUCGGUGCAAUUAGCACUGUGGGAUACGGCCGGUCAAGAAGAUUAUGAGCGGCUGCGUCCAUUGACAUAUUCGAAGGCACAUGUGAUUCUGAUUGGAUUCUCGCUGGAUACACCGGAUUCUUUGAAGAACGUGAAAAAUAAAUGGAUUGAUGAGGCCAACGAACGGUGCCCAGGUGUGCCAAUAAUCCUGGUUGGCCUGAAGAAAGAUCUCCGGGCAGGCCCGCUUACAAACGAAGAGACGGAGAAAGAGCCGCUAAAGUACGUGACGCCGAAGGAAGGAAGCAAUAUGUCGAUACAAGUUGGGGCCAGGAAGUAUCUUGAGUGCUCGUCCUUGACAGGAGAGGGUGUUGACCAUGUCUUUGAAGCCGCCACUCGCGCUGCUCUUCUCACACUCGAUAGGCGGGAAAGCUCAUGCUGCAUUGUGCUAUGACGAAAC